AUGGGACGAAUCUCCGUUGGUGACCCCACAACCACCACUGACACACCACCUGCGACCUCGGUCACAAACACAAGUACGGAUGACUACAAGACGUACUUGGUAGAUCAUGGUGUCUCGAAUGCAGAGGAUUUCCUAGAUGAAGAGUAUCCUCAAUCCAGAGCCCUGCAAUUCAUUGCAAUAGACGAUGGCCUCAACUUGCAAGUCCCAGAUGGUGACCUGGAUACCCCAGAGGGCUAUGAAUUUGUCAGUCGAUAUGCCUUUGCCGUGCUCUACUACGCCACAAAUGGACCAAAAUAUUGGAUAUAUCAACUCAAUUUCUUGUCUCCCACCUCGGCAUGUUAUUGGUAUUCAAUUUUCCAAUAUAUAGACACAUCGACAGAAUUGAGAGGAGUGUUUUGUGAUCAGACUAGUGGUGAUCCUGUCGCUCUGUUUCUUACCCAGCAGACUUUGAAAGGAACACUUCCAGCUGAACUUGCUUUUGUGACCACUCUGACAAACAUAGACCUGGACUAUAAUCGUAUCGGAGGUUCUAUUCCAGAAUCCUAUCAAGGGCUCACGAGUUUGAUCAAUGUCUUUGCAGGUAACAACAACCUUGUAGGAACUUUCCCAAAUAUCAACUUGUCUACAAACUACAUGACUGGGUCUUUGCCCACUUCCCUUGGUGAGCUGGAGAACAUUGAAGGGCUGGCACUUGAUAACAACCUGUUCUUUGGGAACAUUCAAGAUGCCUUUGAUACCUCGAACAGAGCUGGACUAGGCAAACUCCAACAGUUCUACAUUGAAAACAAUCAAUUCACUGGUGUUCUUGGCCCCAAUUUCAUGAUGAACUUGACAAAUUUGCAGUUCUUGGAUGUAUCAGACAAUUAUUUCAAUGGUGCAGUUGAUGAUUAUCUAUUUGAACUACCUCUGUUACCUUCACGACAAUCAAUUGACACUCUUCCUGAUCAGCUCCCGGACAAUGAGAAUUUGACUCUCUUGGCAUUACAAAAGUGCAACUUCUCCGGCCAGCCCAUUCCACCUUCCAUUACCAACCUUAGUGCCCUCAAGCACCUGGAUCUAUCCCAGAACAAGCUGACGGGUGAAAUCACAUCAAGCAUUGGCAACAUGCCAAAUCUAUCUUAUCUAUUCUUGGCUCAAAAUAACUUUGUGCGCAAUGGCAUUCCAUCCUGGAUUGAAGACCUGACAAACUUGGAAGAGCUCUCUUUAAAGUCAACCCAACGGACUGGGAACAUUCCAAGCUGCCUUGGAAGCUUGACGGAUCUUGUUCUGCUGGAUCUCGACAACAACAAUCUUGUGGGCAAUAUACCUCCUCAGCUAGGAAAUCUAGAGGACUUGCAGCUUUUGAUGCUGAACAGAAACAAUCUCACAAGUGUGAUCCCUCACUCUUUUUCCAAUUUGACGAACCUGACUGUAUUGUUUUUGGAUGCUAACAAUGACAUCCAAGGAGACCUUGACGAACUGUUCUGUUCAAAUCCACCUUUUGAGUCGUCGUCCGGGCCUGUGAUUGUAGCAUCUUGCGAUAUAUGUGAUAAUGCUUCCAUGAACUGUUGCACUUUGUGCUGUGAGGGAACAUCAGAGUGUAACCCAGGAAUCCAUGUGCCCGAUCUUGAUCCGAUUUGGCAGCUGGCUUACAACAGGGAGUUCUUUUCUUACAACAGAGAGGACUUUUUGAACAAAGAUAGGGACACAACCGCGGCGGCAGAUGCAUCAAAAACUGCAGACUGGAUACCUUGA